GUUUUUCUAUUGUCUCCAGUGUGUGUGCCGAAGCCAAAGGUUGAAGCUUUCACUCACUCCCAGCGGCAGAUCUCUCUUCCAGAUUUUCAACAUGUUCACUUCAAGGAAAAAGAUCCACAAGGAUAAGGAUGCUGAACCUUCCGAGUUUGAGGAGCAUGUUGCCCAGGCAAUCUUUGAUUUGGAGAACACCAACACCGACCUGAAAAGUGACUUGAAGGACUUGUACAUCAACUCUGCAUCUGUUGUUGAUGUUGCUGGAAGUAGGAAGGCUGUUGUUAUCCAUGUUCCUUACAGAUUGAGGAAGGCUUACCGCAAGAUCCAUGUUAAACUUGUGAGGGAGCUUGAGAAGAAGUUCAGCGGCAAGGAUGUGAUUCUGAUUGCCACACGUAGGAUUGUUAGGCCUCCUAAGAAAGGCUCGGCUGCUACACGUCCACGAACUCGCACACUGACUGCUGUUCAUGAGGCAAUAUUGGAGGAUGUUGUUUUGCCUGCUGAAAUUGUUGGCAAGCGCACCAGAUAUCGCCUUGAUGGUUCCAAGAUCAUGAAGGUUUUCCUUGACCCAAAAGAGCGAAACAACACCGAGUAUAAGCUGGAUAGCUUUUCUGCUGUUUACCGCAAGCUUUCAGGAAAGGAUGUUGUCUUUGAAUACCCCAUUACCGAGGCCUAGAAAUAGUGUGAUGGCACUUUCCAAAUACUUUUCGGCCAUAUUCUGUCUCCAGAAGAAAGAACUGCUUUUUGGCAGCCUAGACAAUUUAUAUUUUUGAUGUUGAGGGCAUGGUCUAGAAUAGCUUUUUCAUGAAUUUUGUUCUCUUCAUUGUUAGAUUGUUUAUCUUUAAAUAUGGUUGGUAGUGUAGGAA